UCCAGGGGUGGAGCCUGGAUCAGGCACUAUGGGGAGGGCUUGCCUAAAGUGACCACUUACAGCCCUAGUCCUCAACUUGGAUACCUGCCUGGAAGUUGGCUGACCUGUAUCCAGUGACCUUGUAGGGCUCAAGAGCCCAGAGCAUUCUCCUACCCCAAGGCCUUUCCCCCUAUUUGUUCCUCUCCGUUGCUUCUACCCCGCCCCUUAUGGCCCUAAACUUCCUGGGCCGGAACUGUUAAGCUUUUUCCUGCAACAGUUGAGGGUGUGGGUAGCUUUUGACCUUAAGAGAGGGAAAAAUGGAGCCCAGGAGGGCAGCGCCUGGGCUACUCAGCCAGGCCUCUUUAGUGGGCACGGGGUCAGUCGCUGAGCUGGUAUACCAUCUAGCGGGGGCUCUGGGCACUGAGCUACAGGAACUGGCACGCCGUUUCGGACCCGAUGCGGCAGCUGGGCUGGUGCCACUAGUAGUGCGGGCGCUGGAGCUCUUGGAAAAGGCCGCCGUGGGGCCGGCUCCAGACUGGGUGUCCACACAGCAGGCUGAAGUGGAACUGCGGCGGCUGCGUGAGGAGAACCAGCGCCUCCGCCAGGAGCUAGGCUCCGAGCCGCAGGAGGAGCGCGCGCUGCUCCGACAGCUCAAGGAGGUGACAGACAGACAGCGGGAUGAGCUUCGGGCACACAACCGAGAUCUGCUGCGCCGAAGCCAGGAGACCGAAGCGCUGCAGGAACAGCUGCAGCGCCUCCUGCUGGUCAACUCUGAGCUGAGGCACAAGCUGGCCGCAGUGCAGACCCAAUUGAGGGCGGCGCGGGACCGGGAGAGAGAGCGCCAGACAGCUCGGGAUCGUUCCCAACAGCUGGCCAAAGAACAGAGCUUGGAGCCCGAUGCGGCAACCCCAGAUGACCCGGUGGAUGCUCAGAAGCAGUCAGGGAACCCUCCAGAGGCUGUCCAGUGUGGAUUCAGCAGGGAAGAGGUUGAGCAGAUCCUUCAGGAGCGGAAUGAGCUCAAAGCCAAUGUAUUCUUGCUCAAGGAGGAGUUGGCAUAUUUCCAGCGAGAGAUGCUCACAGACCACCGAGUCCCUGGGCUUCUGCUUGAAGCCAUGAAAGUGGCAGUCAAAAAACAGAGGAGAAAGAUCAAGGCCAAGAUGUUGGGGACACCUGAAGAAGCAGAGAGCAGCUUUGGCUUAUGGUAUCAGGGGGAAACUGAGGCCCCUGAAGCUGAGACCAGCAACACAGCUCCCAGCAGGACACAGGAAGGAGAAGGGGCCCCACCGCAACCCUACCUGCAACCUGUGGACAACCUUCCCGCCCCCAGCUCCUGACUAGUCCUCUGCUCUCGGUGAACAUCUUGGUCUGAGGGCUUCAGCUAUGCAGGAGGCUUAACUCUGGGUUCCAGCUAACUGUGCAUGGAUGUGUGACUUCAAAUGAGGAUGAGCCCUGCAACCCCCCAUACCUGUACUAGGCAUGAUGGGACUUCAGCCUGUCUCCCUUUCUUGACAUCUCUGUACCACACUUAAGAGCCAGAGAUAGGGGGCUGGAGAGAUGGCUCAGUGGUUAAGAGCACUGACUGUUCUUCCAGAGGUCCUGAAUUCAAAUCCCAGCAAACACAUGGUGGCUCACAACCAUCUGUAAUGGGAUCCAAUGCCCUGUUCUGACAGCUACAGUGUACUUACAUAUAAUAAAUAAAUCUUUAAAAAAAAUAGAGAGAGAGAGAGAGAGCCAUAGGUAAAGGUAUCUCUGAGCUCUGCUUUUCCCCAUUGUGUGACAGAGGGCUGCCUGCCUGCUUCCCUGGGGCUUAGGCAGGUGACCAGUGCAAUAAAUACCCAUAAUACCCCUGAAAA